AUGCACGCUUUCAGCCUUCUUAUCACCCUUGGGUCCAUGCUGGCUUCUGCUAUGGCAGCACCAGCUCCUAUCGAAGACACUCUCGAAACGACAUCCAUCCCCUUGGAAGACACGCUCGAAACCGACUUUGUCACGCUAGCAGCGCGUGACAACAUCGCUGUUGUGACGGCAUACAAUGGCGAUACCUGCAACGGCGGCAAUUCGCAGUUCACCGUUGUAGGCGGCGGCAACCGCUGCGUGCCCUUCAGUAACGUACGAUCCAUCUCGGUCUCUGGCAAUGGCUGCGUUGUUCGUACUUGGAGCGGAAACAACUGCGCAGGAAGUAGCGCGGGUCCAGCAUACGGUCGUUGCACUUCCGUGCUCUUUGCUUCCGUGUCUGUUACAUGUUAA